AUGCACUGUGAUGCAUGCUGUGCUGUGCUGUGCUGCAUGCUGUGCUGUGCUGUGCUGCAUGCUGUGCUGUGCUGUGCUGCAUGCUGUGCUGUGCUGUGCUGCAUGCUGUGCUGUGCUGUGCUGCAUGCUGUGCUGUGCUGUGCUGCAUGCUGUGCUGUGCUGUGCUGCAUGCUGUGCUGUGCUGUGCUGCAUGCUGUGCUGUGCUGUGCUGCAUGCUGUGCUGUGCUGUGCUGCAUGCUGUGCUGUGCUGUGCUGCAUGCUGUGCUGUGCUGUGCUGCAUGCUGUGCUGUGCUGUGCUGCAUGCUGUGCUGUGCUGUGCUGCAUGCUGUGCUGUGCUGUGCUGCAUGCUGUGCUGUGCUGUGCUGCAUGCUGUGCUGUGCUGUGCUGCAUGCUGUGCUGUGCUGUGCUGCAUGCUGUGCUGUGCUGUGCUGCAUGCUGUGCUGUGCUGUGCUGCAUGCUGUGCUGUGCUGUGCUGCAUGCUGUGCUGUGCUGCAUGCUGUGCUGUGCUGUGCUGCAUGCUGUGCUGUGCUGCAUGCUGUGCUGUGCUGUGCUGCAUGCUGUGCUGUGCUGCAUGCUGUGCUGUGCUAUGCUGUGCUGUGCUGUGCUGUGCUGUGCUGCAUGCUGUGCUGUGCUAUGCUGUGCUGUGCUGUGCUGUGCUGCAUGCUGUGCUGUGCUAUGCUGUGCUGUGCUGUGCUGUGCUGUGGUGCAUGCGUGCAGGGCAACACCUGUGAGGACCUGGCAGCCUACUUUUCUCUGGCGGACGCAUGUCCAUCCCCCGAGUGCACAGCAGCCUUUCAAGCCCUCAACCCAGGGGUGGACUGCAGCGCCUCCAGCAGCCCGCUUCCUCCCAACCAGGCAGUGUGUGUGGAGCGGCGAGCAGAGGCCGCAGGGCUGAUCCCAGUGUGCUCGCAUUACUACCUGGUGCAGAGCGGUGAGACGUGCGAGUCCAUCCGCAACGUGCCCAACCCGCCUCUCUCCCGUGUUGACUUCUUCCAUCUCAACCCCGGCAUCAAGUGUGACAGCCUAAUGUCACCCACCGAUGUUGGCACCUUCACUGGCUUUGAGGUGCGUCUUUGGCACCUCCGAGGCGUGUCUCUCAAUGUGAUGUGA